GCAAAGUUUUGUCUACCUGCCAUCACACUCGAAUCCUUUCAUCGCUACCAAAAAAAAAAAAAAACUAAUAUGAAUUCAAACGUUUCUUUGAUGUAUGUGAUGGGGAAAUGUCAUACUAAGAAAGUGUCUCAACAAAAGAACUCCCACAAAGAAGUGUUGUUUUGAGAAAUUUGUUGUUUUUUCCUGAUUUGGUAUAGAGUUUCUGUGAGGUUUUGUUUGGUUGUCAGUAAAAUAGAGGGAGAAGCAAGGCCCUUCUUGUUCUUUAGUUCUCUUUUGAUGAAGUUUGUUUUCUUGGGUACGGUAUCUUGGCAUGUGUGGGGGAGGGGUCAGAUAUGUCUGGCACAUGCAUUCGACAAAUCCAAGGCUUUGAGGUUGUAAAUAUUGUUGGAAAAUAAACACCUUUGCUAUCUCCAAGAGAAUCAGAUGCUGAUAGUAAAUAAUAAAAGGUUUUGUGUCAGAGGAAAAAAAAUAGAAGAAACGGUUCGGUUAACACUUGCCAGUUGGAUUCCUAGCUAGUGGAGUUGCUCAGCAGUGGAAAGGAACUUGAUCUUUCAAGGAUCAGAUGUCACUAAAUGUUACCCUUAUCAGGUUUGAUGAAAAAGAGCAUAUUUUUCUUUGGGGUUCAAGCUAUGAUCUUUUGAGUCUUCUUAUUGAAAAUAUAAUUUUCCCUCCUUUGCUGCCUGUUUGACAUUUUAGCAACUGUUUAUUACAAAAUAGGAAGCAGGGUAGGAGCUGAAAGUUAUCAGCAUUAACUUAUAGCUUAAAAGGCUCUUUUGACUCUCCCAAAUUCCUUUGUAGCACAUUGAAAAUUGUCUCUAUCUUUGCUGUGUCACAAUCUGUAUUUUCAAGUCAUAAAAGAAGUACAGAACUACAGAUUGAACAAAUUUUCAGCCACUUCUUUGUAGUCUUUCCCAGUGAUCUUCUUCUCCUUUUCAACAGUACUUCUUGCCGUCUUUGUUGGGUGAGUUGGAUCUUUGCAUUUGGUUUGGCUUUGACACAACAAGUUCAUUCUAGUGAAUGAUCAUGGUGAAAGUAACUAAGCAACAAAUCUGUCACAAUCUGUGUUGUUAUUUUGCCAGUUUCUUACCAAUCAUUCUAGUUCUUGUCCUUCUAUUUUCAAUUUCCUUUUUCUUUUCAGUUUCUGAAUCCUUUCCUUCCCUUCUUACACUACUGAUUGCUCUUCUAUCUACCUUGUUUCUUGUCACACUGGCAAAGAAAAAAGGGUCCCUACAUGAAAAUCUUGUCCAAGAUAACCAGCAGAAUUUGGAGUUACAGCCUUCAUUGGGAGAUGUUACUGUCCAACAAAAUGAAACUUCUGAGAGGCAAGCUGAAGCACACUCAGAGUCCUCAUUUCCAUUAGAUUGUGAAAGCAGCAAUAUCAUGGAUACAAGUUUUGAACUCAGUGCUCGGAAGUAUGAGCAACAAGCUGAUCCACAGUCAGAUUCUUCACUUCCAUCAGAUAGUGAAAGCACUGCUAGCUCAACCAUGGAUGAAGAAAGUAUUGAGAUUCAUCGCAAUAGAAAUCAAAAUCUUGAUAUAUCUGAUAGCUUGGUCUUUGAUUAUGAUGUUGAUGGGGAGGAGGAUGGCUUGAUUGAAAUCAAGCUUCCAAACAACCACUUUCCAGAGUUCUUGCCAGAAUCCAUUUUCAAGCAGCAAGGUCUCACAGAGCUCUUGGCAGAAAUUAAUGAGAUGAAUGAGGAUGAAAAUUUAAUUGAGAUUGAUAUUUCCAAGGGAUCCACAAAGCAUCAAGAUUUGAGAUUGGAGAAGGAGUUGGUUUGCAGAGUAGAUCAUUGGGUUCUUAGUGAUUAAUCUUCUAUUACUGAUUGUUAUCUUGAGCUGUUAUUUUAGGUGAAGUUUUAGUCAUUAACUA